AUGAAAAAAGAUAACACCAAUGCUUUCAAGCGCUCGCUGGCCAAGGUGCACAAGACAUGCCUGGAGACGUGGCUGGGCAACCAGGCAAUCGACCAGUGCGAGAUCUGCAAGUAUCACUACAUGACGGCGCGGCGGCCGAAGGGCUUUCACGAGUGGCUCAUGAACUCGAGCACGCGCGAAGACAAGCAGAAUCUGGUGGGCGACAUGGUGGCGCUGCUGCUGCUCACUCCAUUGGUGGUGUUCUCCCUGUGGCUGUGCACCGAGGGCGCCAUCCAGUUCAGCCACGAGGGCUUCCCCACCUGGGAGAGCGCCGGCCUCGUCUUCAUCACCAUCGUGCUCUUCGUCGUCUUCUGCGUGUGGGUCACCCUGCUCUACAGGUACCAUUACACAAUCUGGAAGCAGUGGCGGUCGCACAACUUCCACGUCAACCUCCUAGUGAAGACCAACGCGUCCAUGGGCGACGAUCUGCCCGCGGCCGCCAUGGCGGAGCCAGAGGCCUUGCCCAGUGGAGACAUCGACGAGGGCCUCAGCGCUGUGGUGGUGGAGGAGCUGCCGGAGCUGGACGCAGCCGAAGUAGCGGUGCCGGACAAGGUGAUGGUGGAGUCCCCCUGCACUCCGUCCAAGGAGUCGCCGCCAAAGUCCACCAGCAGUACGCUCAUCAUCUACUCGCCCACCGUCUGAUGAGCGCAGCACAGAGCCCUGCCCGUCGCAGACACCUGCCACCCCAAGGCGUGGUAGUAGCGUCUUUUCACCAGGAGAAGCAGCACUAUCUUCAGU